AUGGUACCUCUAGAUAUCCUUAUCAUAGGAGCUGGUCCCACCGGCCUAACUCUCGCCCUCGAGCUCGCAGCCCAACCCUGCCCUCCCACUUUCCGCAUCAUCGAAUCAACAUCCAUCCGCUCUGGCAAUAGCCGCGCCUUCGUCUUACAACCACGAACCCUCGAGUUACUAGCUCGCCAUGGGAUCACUGGUCGGUUCAUCGAGCGAGGACGCUUCAAUGACGCGAUUAGGUUCUAUUCCAAGCGCGCUUUCGUUCAUGAGUUAAAUUUCGGGGAGGCGGGGAUGGCGAGGAACACGCAGUUUCCGAAUUCGUUAAUGAUUAGUCAGGCUGAUACGGAGAGAGUGUUGGAGGAGGCGUUGAAUGGGUAUGGUGUUGUUGUCGAGCGAGGCGUGAAAGCAGAGAAAGUUGAGCAAGAUGAGGAUGGAAGUGGAGUUACGGCCGUGUUGAAGAUUGCAGGAAGGGAAAGUGGAGAGGAGAGAGAAGAGGCGCGGUGUAAGUACGUAGUUGGCUGCGACGGCGCUCAUUCUGUUGUGAGGAAGACGGCGGGAUUGAAAUUUGAAGGGGGCGUAUAUCCGCAGGACUUCGUCUUGGCGGAUGUAAAGAUGAAAUGGGAGCAAAAGUCCUGCCUCUCCUUCUUCUUCGGGAACGGGUUAUUGGGUGUGUUCCCGUUGGGGAAUGGUAUUUUCAGAUUGAUUGUUUCUCGAGCAAAAGAGAGAGGGAAGGAGGAUCAACCAACCUUGAAAGACUUUCAAGAUGUGGUGAACGAGAUGGUUCCCGGUGAAACAGAGAUUUAUGAUCCACUCUGGAUAACGAGAUUCAGAUUGCAUCACCGGAUCGUGGAUUGUUAUAGGAAAGGACGGUGUUUUGUAGCGGGUGACGCAGCGCAUAUCCACUCUCCAGCUGGCGGGCAAGGAAUGAAUGCCGGGAUGCAAGACGCCAUUAACCUAGCUUGGAAGCUCGCCAGUGUCCUGAGAAGCCAGUCUGCUGACGCUCUGCUUGAUACCUAUGAUGUUGAGAGAAGGGAGGUUGGGCUGAAAUUGCUGAAUGGCACGGAUCGAGUGUUUGAGAUGUUGGCGUCGAGCAAUCCGGUGUGGUUGUAUGUGCGAAAUACGUUAAUAUCGUGGGUUGUGCCUUGGGUGAUGAGUAAUAAGACGGCGAUUCAGAACAGGUCUCGCUUUAUCUCACAGAUGGGGAUUAGAUAUAGGGAGAGUCCGAUUGUGGGACAAGUUUCUACUUGGAAGGGAGCGUUGAGGGGUGGAGAUCGGGCACCCGAUGGAGAAUUGAAAGGGCCUGAAGGACAGAGAUGGAUACUCGGGGUGUGUAGGGGAGUGGGCUUUCACCUCUUGCUGUUCUCUGGGAUGGCCGACGCGGCGGUGAGUGAUGGGAGACUUGAAGAGAUGGGGUCAGACUUUCGCAAGGAUGGUAACGAAUCAGUGAAGUUUCACAAGAUUCUCAGCACCCCAGCUGCGGAUAACAAUGGAAACGUUGAUGAAGAAGGUAAAGUUCAUGAGUUGUAUGGUUUCAAGGAACCGGGUUAUGUUCUCGUACGACCCGAUGGGCAUAUUUCAUUCCUUGGACUUCUCAACACAAUGGAUGAGCUAAAGAUAUGGGUGAAGAAAUAG